AUGGAAAAUUCCAUCAGAAAAAAUAAGAAUCCCGUCUCAGAGCUGAGGAUGGUGCUGCUGGGUUAUAAUGGAUCUGGGAAGAGUUCAGCAGGAAACACCAUCCUGGGAAAAUCUGUAUUUGAUUACAAAAGAUCAUUGACAUCUGCAGUACAAGAAGGAGAUGUUGCAGGAAGACACAUUACUCUGGUCAACACUCCAGGCCAAAAAAGAAAUUAUCACUCAAAAUACACCCCGAGAUUCUAUAAAGAUGAGAUUGUGUUGUGUUCAUCUCACUGUCCUCCAGGACCACAUGCCUUUCUGCUUGUCAUAAGAGUGGACGUUUCUUUCACUGAAGUGUACAGAAAGGCAGUAGAGGAACAUGUUGCUCUUCUUGGUCUCAAUGUCUGGGACCACAUGAUUGUUCUCUUUGCCUUUGGUGACUGGUUGCGAGACACAAGCAUUGAGCUGUUCAUUGAGAGUGAAGGAGAAGCUCUUCAGUGGAUAAUAGACAAAUGCGGGAACAGGUAUCAUGUCUUCAACAACAGACACACAAAUAAUGCCAAUCAAGUGACAGAGCUGUUUGAAAAGAUAGAAGAGAUGGUUGCAGGAAAGAGAGGAUGCUGUUUUAAAGUACAACAAAAGAAUUUGCAAGAGGUACAGUCCAAAAGGAUGAAAGUUGAGAAAUUAGCAAAACAGAUGAAGGCUGAAGUUAAAAAAAGAAACAAAUUAAGACAUUCAACAUCAGGGGUUGCUGAACUUUUUGAAAUGAGCUUGGUGUUGCUUGGACCUCACCAUUCCAGCAUAAGUUCAACAGGGAACACAAUUUUGGGAAGUCAAUUAUUUGACAGAAGAAUUGAAGAGAAUCUAAGUAAUAAUGGGGAAGUGGCUGGGAGAAAGCUCACUGUUGUUUGUACACAGGGUUUUGAGAAAGAUUUCCUUAUUGGGAAAAGACUUGAGGAUGCUAAACGCAACCUUCUGAAAAGUCUAGCAGAACAGUCUUCUGGACCACAUGCUUUCAUUUUAGUCCAGAGUGUUGACUGUUCCUUUGCAGAGGAAGAGAAAGGUGCAUUAAUGAAAAUCAUGGAGCCUUUUGGUGAAGGAAUCUGGAAUCAUAUAUUGGUUCUCUUUGCUGUUGGAGAUGAACUAGGAGAAACUCCCAUAGAGUUAUUCAUUGCAAGUGAAGGUGACGCUAUCCAGUGGCUCAUUGAGAAAUGUGGGAACAGGUAUCAUGUUCUCAACACUAAGACCAACACUGGAUCUCAGGUCACAGAACUGCUGGAGAAGAUCGAGGAGAUGGUGGCUAGAAAUAGAGGAUGUCAUUUUAGACUAGAUGAAGAUACUUUAAAAUGGAUUGAAAGAACAAUAGCUGUACCCAUUACAAGAUCACACAGUAUGGAUGAUUCAAUGAGUUUUUCUGAAAGACGCAGUUCUUCCUCAGGGAUAGGUUCAGCACAGGUGUCCCAGAGAUCCCAAGAAGCACCUGAAGAGUCAAGUUCAAAAAUGAGCUCUGGAGUGGAGUCUCUUAGCUCUAUUCCUGAGUUUGAUUGA